GGCACGGCCCCCACAGCCCGGCACGGCACGGCCCGGCCCGGCCCCCACAGCCCGGCCCGGCCCGGCCCGGCACUGCCCCCACGGCCCGGCCCGCUGCCGCGGCGGCGCUGCGCCGGGGCGCUCCGAGUGGCCCUGCCAUGGGCACCGGCCCUGGGACGGGCAGGCAGCGGCGCCCCGGCGCGGGGCCGGAGGCGGGCCGAGGAUGCUGUGAGCCCCGGCGGGGCCCUGCCCACCCGGCCGGCACCGGCUCCGGCUCCAGCACCGGCUCCAGCACCGGCAGCGGGCAGGGCGGCCUCCGCCGCGCCCCCCGCCGCAGCGGCUGGAGUUGUUGAAGUUGGUGGCUCCGCUGCGCGGGGCUGCUCCCCGCCCGGCGGGCCCCCUGACGGCCCCUGCCCCCGCCUCAGAGACUCUCCUGGUUUGCUGGGUUUGGUUGGGUUUGGGGGUUUGCUUCUUUUUUCUUUUUAUUAUUCUUUUUUUCUCCUGUCUCGCUUUUGCUCCAGCCAAGGUGAAUGGCCCGCGGUGGGUGCAGCUGGCCUCACCGCCUCUGCAAGGGGAAGAUGGUGGCGGUGGGGGUGCUGGCCGGCCUCUCGGUGCUCAGCCUCCUGGCUUACGGCUACCUGUCCUGGGAUAGCCUCCGACUCGGCCCCGCGGAGACCGAGGCGACGAGGACCGGGCUGGGAGAGGGGCUGGGGGCCGGCGCCCCCAGCUCGCAGCCUCACAUCAUCUUCAUCCUGGCUGACGAUCAGGGAUUCCGAGACGUAGGGUACCAUGGAUCGGAGAUCAGGACGCCCACUCUGGACAAGCUAGCUGCUGAAGGGGUUAAACUGGAGAACUAUUAUGUUCAGCCUAUGUGCACACCAUCCAGAAGCCAAUUUAUCACUGGAAAGUACCAGAUACACACGGGCCUUCAGCACUCCAUUAUACGGCCAACCCAGCCCAACUGCUUACCUCUGGAUAACGUCACGCUACCUCAGAAGCUGAAGGAGGUUGGUUAUUCAACGCACAUGGUUGGCAAAUGGCACUUGGGGUUUUACCGCAGAGAAUGCAUGCCCACACAGAGAGGAUUUGACACUUUCUUCGGCUCGCUCUUAGGCAGCGGCGACUAUUACACUCACUUCAAAUGUGACAGCCCAGGGAUAUGUGGCUAUGACCUGUAUGAGAAUGACAAUGCGGCUUGGGAUCAUGACAACGGCAUCUACUCGACGCAGAUGUACACACAAAAAGUACAACAAAUCUUAGCUUCCCAUAACCCCAGGAAACCUAUAUUCUUAUAUAUUGCUUACCAAGCUGUUCAUUCGCCUCUUCAGGCACCAGGCAGGUAUUUUGAACAUUAUCGAUCGAUAAAUAACAUCAACAGGCGAAGAUACGCUGCGAUGCUAGCUUGUUUGGACGAAGCCAUAAACAACGUAACCCUUGCUUUAAAGAAGUAUGGUUACUAUGAGAACAGCAUUAUCAUAUAUUCUUCAGAUAAUGGUGGACAGCCAAUGGCCGGAGGAAGUAACUGGCCACUCCGAGGAAGCAAAGGGACCUAUUGGGAAGGAGGUAUCCGUGCUGUUGGGUUUGUCCAUAGCCCUCUUCUGAAAAACAAAGGGUCUGUGUGUAAGGAGCUUGUGCACAUCACAGACUGGUUCCCCACUUUGAUCACACUGGCAGAAGGGCAGAUCAAUGAAGAUAUCCAGCUGGAUGGCUAUGAUAUAUGGGAAACCAUUAGCGAAGGCAGACGUUCUCCAAGAGUAGACAUCUUACACAACAUUGAUCCGAUUUACACCAAAGCCAAAAAUGGGUCCUGGGCAGCAGGCUAUGGGAUCUGGAACACUGCGAUUCAAUCUGCCAUCAGAGUGAAUCAUUGGAAACUACUGACGGGAAAUCCAGGAUACAGCGACUGGGUACCUCCCCAGGCCUUCAGCAACGCGGGCCCCAACCGCUGGCACAAUGAACGCGUCUCCUGGUCGGCUGGCAAAACAGUGUGGCUUUUCAACAUAACCGCUGAUCCAUAUGAACGAGUGGACCUCUCUGCAAGGUAUCCAGAUGUAGUGAAGCAGUUGUUGCGGAGGCUUUCACAGUUUAAUAAGACUGCCGUUCCUGUUCGAUACCCACCUAAGGACCCUCGGAGUAACCCAAAGCUGAAUGGAGGAGUCUGGGGUCCGUGGUUUAAGGAGGAUGAAAAGAAAAAGAAAUCAGACAAAAGUAAAGGUGCGAAUAAGCAAAAGAAGAAUAAGAACAAGAAAAAAGCAAAUCGGAAAAAAGGGCAGUCAUUACAUUGCCGUUCACGUCUUGCUGGUGGAUAGACUCUAAGCACCCUCUUUUGCCAAGUCCAAGUCAGCUUGACCCAACUUUCUUGAACUUCUGACAGAAUAUCCUAGAAAUGCCAGCUCUGCACUAUGGAUAAAAGUUGUCACCUUUUAAUUUUUUCUUCGAUUUCACCAGCAGGAGAUACCUCAGUGCUCUGCCUUGAGUGUACAUAACCAUCCACAUGACAAACUUUCUCCUCUACGGGAUGAAUGGUGCUCACCCAUCACAGCUACAUUCCAGAGAUCAAUGGUGAUAACACUUAAUUUCAGUAAACUCAUUUUUUGUGGACAUGUGGUGGUUCCUUGCCUAAAUCAGUUAUAAUAUCUGGCGAAUAUGGAGAUGUUAAUGGCAGAUGUUCUCAAACUGACAGAUGAUUCAUAGAGAGGAAGGAAAAACAAAAUUUGAGAACCUCUGUGGGUCAGAAUGACAUUUUUCAAUACAAACACAGCAAAACCAUGAAGCCGUCAGAGUAACUUUUUAGAGGUAUUGGGGAGAGGGGCAUGAUAGGAGGAAAGCUGCUUUGAAUUAGACUUUGUCUGUCUUACAUAAAUCAGAAAAUUUAAAAAAUUUCCUAGGUGUGCUAAGCUCCCUCCAUUUGUAGUAAACCCAGAAGGCUGUUAUUGAACACACGUGAACAGCUAGCACACGUCACGUAUAGGUUAUUAUAGGCAUAGAGAAAAACACAUCACCAAAGUGAAUGUAAUUUUUAAACACUAAGAUAACUGUACAACAACAUAUAAAAGACAUAAUUUAUUUUACAGCACAAUACUUACUUCUCUUCCAUUAAAAGUUUAAUUACUGGGUGACACAAGGUACUCUUUUGGGUGCAAGGGUUGUUUGGGGUUUUUUCCUUUGAUUUUUCAUUUUAUUUUCACUCUAUCAUUCAGAGUUUUAUUUAACAGAUCAAUAUCCUCAGAGUACUGUAAAACCAGAAAAUACUGUAUACACUGCUAGAAUGAGAAAGGAGAAUGAUUCAGGUGCAUCAUUUCAUUAUGUAUUUGCCUCCAAUUAUUUUGAAUGUAACAAAGUGAUUAUUUAAUUUAGGAGUCACAUGAAUAUUGUUCAGUUUCUGUACAGAAGCUAGGCCAUCUUUAUGUUUGGGGGAAAAAUUCUACUUUAAACCUUUUAUUUAUGUAUCUAUUAAAAUAGUUUAUUUUUAUGGCA